CACCAGGCUGCGCUGCUGUAGAUAGCUGUGUAUGUGGGAGAUUUUUGAAGGCGAGCUGAGAGAUUUUUAGUUUUAUCGUCGGAUUUUCUCUUUUUUAAGAGCUAUAACCAUGUCGGUGGCGUUUGCGCCUCACAGACAGCGCGCUAAAGGCGAUAUUACACCCGCAGGAAUACAGAAGCUUCUCGAUGAAAACAAUCAGUUGAUUCAGUGCAUCAUGGACUUCCAGAGCAAAGGCAAAACUGCAGAAUGUUCACAUUACCAGCAAAUGCUUCACAGAAAUCUGGUGUACCUGGCCACAAUAGCAGACUCCAAUCAGAACAUGCAGUCUCUUCUACCUGCUCCACCCACCCAGAACAUGCCCAUGUCGGGGGGAAUGAAUCAGAGCGGCCCCCCUCCACAGCCCCCCCACGGCCACAGCAUGCCGUCAGACGGCCCCCCUGCUCCCCACAUGCAGAACCAGAUGAACGGCCAGAUGCCUGGCCCCAACCACAUGCCCAUGCAGGGCCCUGGUCCUAACCAGCCACCCAACAUGCAGAGCGGCUCCAUGAACAUACCUCCCAGCAGCCAUGGCUCCAUGGGGGCCUACAAUCACACCGUACCCGCUUCACAGGGCAUCCCCAGCCAGGGACAGAUGAACAUGAGCCAGGGACAGCCAAUGGCCAGCUAUGGUCCCAGACCCAGCAUGAACAUGCAGCCCAACCAAGGUCCUAUAAUGCACCAGCAGCCUCCCUCUCAGCAGUAUAAUAUGCCUCCUGGUGGUGGAGGGCAACAUUACCAGGGUCAGCAGAAUCCAAUGGGCAUGAUGGGCCAGGGUAACCAUGUGAUGGGCCAGAGGCCCAUGCCUCCAUACAGGCCACCUCAGCAAGGGCCUCCACAGCAGUAUCCAGGCCAGGAGGACUACUAUGGAGAACAGUACAGUCAUGGAGGUCAGGGAGCACCUGAAGGAAACUCCCAGUAUGGUCAGCAGCAGGAAGCCUACCAGCAAGGUCCUCCCCAGCCACAGGGCUACCCAACCCAGCAACAGUACCCAGCACAGCAGGGCUACCCGGGCCAGCAGCAGGGUUACGGGCCCUCUCAAGGUGCUCCAGGACAGUACCCCAAUUACCCACCAGGCCAAGGGCAACAGUACGCAGCCUACAGGCCGCCUCAGCCUGGACCUCCACAAGGCCAACCUCAGCGCCCCUACGGCUAUGACCAGGGGCACAUGAGGAAAUAGCGGACCGAGUAUUUCAACCCCUGACUAGAUCUGUAAAGAAGCAAAGGGUCAAUACGGCAACUACCAGCAGUAAACGACAACCGCUAUUCUUCCUGUUCGAGCGUCUCUGUGGCGCUGUCUUUCUGGACCUGUGGAAGGGCUACUGCUCUCUGAGACCCCAACCCCCUCUCAAAAAAAAACUACACCUUUUUAUUUUUUUGUUUUUCCCCACAUUUUUAUUUUUCCCCCCCUAAAGACAUGAAUGCCUUUGGAUCUUUUAUCCCCUCAUACUGUACGUUCACACAGAACUAUUAUAUCUAGCCAUCAUGUUCACAUUUUCAAUUACAUUUACACACAGUGACUGCAGUGAGUGGUUAAUUUCACUGGUGGUAUUAUUUGCUUGUCUCGUUGAAAACACAUUCAUUCAUUUUUUAUUCAGAUUCGUUUUGAGAGUGUAUAAAAAAAGGUACAUACAUAAGAAAACUGUCAGUCUCACAGUGCUUGCUGAUGUAUUUCUUUGCUUCAUUAUUCAGUCCUCACUUCAACACAGAUCAAUAUGGUCAGCUUUUCAGCAGCAAAUGAGAGAAAUGUGAAAAUAAAUGUGAAAAAAAAUAUUCUUGCAGUUUUUCUAAUGAGGCUUAAAACGCUGUUCCGUUCUAGUUCUCCGCAGUUCUCUUUCAAUCUGUAUUUUACCGGUUUCAUCAAAAGCCAUCUCGAGAGCAGCAAUGCCUUAAUAAAGAAAAAAUCAGUGCUGCCUUACUUCCAGAACAAUUUCCACAACCAGGGGGAGGGGGGGGGGGGGGGGGGGGUUUGAUAAAAACCGCAGCUUCGAGUCAAGUUCCUGUUGUUGUAGUGAGCUGGUAAGCAUCUUUCACUCCAUUGCCUGGGAAAAAAAAGUUUGUUUAGAUGAAGCAAUAAAUAAAACUGCUUGGGGGGGGGGGGGGGAUUAUGGGAGUGAGGAAGGGGCCAAGAGUUGAUCUUGCACAGGGAAUAUUCUUCUUAAAUGUCAAGGUCAAAGUUAUGUCAUGAUGUACAAAUGUAUUUUAUGCUUUCCAGAUAGAGCUUACUUUGUACUGAGGAUUUGGAGAAAAAAAACGUAGCUCUAAAUAUUGUACUUUUUGUUUUGCUAAAUGUGUUUAUAUUGGUUAUUUUUGUGUUUUUUGUUUUUUUCCCCCCCACAAAAUGUUGUCCCCUCUGUAGUGUAAUGUCUUAGGUUCUUACCCACCAUGCUGAACCUUGAUGAAACCCAUCUGCUACUCUAGUGGCUUGCAUGUCGAUUGUCCACUGGGGGCCACUUCGUUUUAAGUGUAACGACUCGGCUGUACAUUUGAAAUUUCCCCAAGAGUGGACAGUCAGGAGUCGCAUUCAAAUUGGGGUAAUAGAACUGAGUUACGAAGGAGUACAGGGCUUGGGACUCCGCCUUCACCAGCUGUGUUUUUUGCCGAUGACACUUUUUGUUGUUGUUGUUGUUAAAUAAUGAAUGUGAAGAUUACCGGACUGUAACAGAACAGAGGUUUAAAUAAAAUGUGUUAAUUUGUAAA